AUGGACUACGAGACGCUCAAGGAGCAAUGGAGCGACGUCGAGGAUCGUGAUGGCGUGCGCCUGAGCUGGAACGUGUUUCCAAGCUCUCGCAUGGAGGCAUCGCGACUCGUCGUCCCCAUCGGCGCCCUUUACACCCCGCUGAAGGAGAAGCCCGACACUCCUCUGCUCCAAUUCGAGCCUGUUACCUGCAAGCAGCCUUGCCGCUCGGUUCUCAACCCAUUUUGUCAAGUCGAUGUCCGCGCAAGAGUUUGGAUUUGCCCCUUCUGUUUGUCAAGGAACCAGCUUCCGCCACACUAUAAGGAUAUUACCGCAAAUGCUAUCCCGCCCGAAUUGCACCCCAGCAACACGACGAUCGAAUAUCGCCUAUCACGUCCGGCCCCUGCACCCCCCAUUUUCCUCUACGUUGUCGAUCUGUGCCAGGAGGAGGACAGCCUUUCUUCGCUCAAGGACUCCCUGGUCAUGAGCUUGAGCCUCCUCCCUGAGAAUGCGUUGGUGGGCUUGGUCACAUACGGCACAAUGGCCCACGUUCAUGAAAUUGGCUAUGAGGAGUGCGCCAAGUCUUAUGUUUUCCGCGGAAGCAAGGACUAUUCUGCAAAGCAGGUCCAAGAAAUGCUGGGACUCUCCUCUACAGGGCUUCGCCCGGGCAUGCAGCCACAGCCUGGCCGCCCCAUGCCUGUCGGACCUGCCUCGAGGUUCCUGCUGCCUGUACAACAGGCAGAGUUCCAACUCACAAAGGCGCUCGAGGCCCUGCAAAAGGACCCCUGGCCUGUCGCUAACGAUAGAAGAAGCCUGAGAUGUACCGGUGUGGCCCUCAGCGUUGCUGUCGGACUUCUCGAGUCAGCCUUCCAGAACGCCGGCGGGCGCAUCAUGCUCUUUGCUGGAGGACCAGCUACAGAGGGUCCAGGAAUGGUCGUUGGCCCAGAGCUGCGUGAGCCUAUCCGAUCUCACCACGACAUUGACCGUGACAAUGUCAAGUAUUUCAAGAAGGCAUUGAAGUUCUAUGAAAAUCUCGCCAAGCGAACAGCUCAUAAUGGCCAUAUCAUUGAUAUCUUUGCCGGUUGCCUGGAUCAAGUCGGCUUGCUCGAAAUGAAGGGUCUAUGUAAUUCAACCGGCGGCCAUAUGAUUCUGACCGAUAGUUUCACAUCCUCCAUGUUCAAGCAGUCGUUUGUUCGCAUCUUCGAGAAGGAUGGUGAUGAUAACCUACUCAUGGGCUUCAACGCUGUGCUGGAAGUCCUUACAACCAAAGAACUCAAAGUCACUGGUCUUAUUGGACACGCAGUGUCGCUGAACAAGAAGUCAGUUUCCGUUGGCGAGACCGAGUGCGGAAUUGGUAACACAUGUUCCUGGAAAAUGUGUGGCAUCGACCCUCAGGCCAGUUACGGCAUAUACUUCGAAAUUGCCAGCCAAGGCCCUCCUGCACAUCAGCAGCAAGCACCAGCAAAGGGCAUGAUGCAAUUUUUGACUUAUUAUCAACACUCCUCAGGCCAAUUCCACCUCCGAGUGACAACAAUCGCGCGCAAUUUGAGUGGGCCAGCUGGUGAUCCUGCCAUCGCGCAGUCGUUUGAUCAGGAGGCAGCAGCAGUCCUUAUGUCAAGAAUUGCGGUCUUCAAAGCCGAGGUUGAUGAUGGGCCUGACGUACUUCGAUGGGUCGAUCGUAUGCUGAUCCGGCUCUGCUCCCGGUUCGCUGAUUACCGAAAGGAUGAUCCAUCGUCCUUCCGGCUGGAGAAGAACUUCACCUUAUACCCGCAAUUCAUGUUCCACCUGCGGCGAAGCCAGUUCCUCCAGGUAUUCAACAACUCACCUGACGAGACCGCUUUUUACCGACAUGUUUUGAACCAUGAAGAUGCUAGCAACUCUCUUGUGAUGAUCCAGCCCACCCUGGAUUCAUAUACAUUUGAUCAAGAUGGAGGACAACCUGUGUUGUUGGAUUCAGCAUCUAUCCAGCCCACUCAUGUUCUUCUGCUAGAUACGUUCUUCCAUAUUCUCAUCUUCCACGGUGAGACGAUUGCGGAGUGGAGGAAGGCUGGUUACCAGGAACAAGAGGGCUACGAGAACUUCGCUUCCCUUCUUGAACAACCAAAGGAGGAUGCUCGCGACCUCAUCACCGACAGAUUCCCCCUGCCUCGUUUCAUCGUUUGCGACGCUGGCGGCUCGCAGGCUCGUUUCCUCUUGUCCAAGCUCAAUCCUUCGACAACCCACACAACAGGUGCUUAUGGCGGCGUCGGUGCUACUACAGCGCAGACUAUUUUCACCGACGAUGUUUCGUUGCAGACCUUUAUGGAUCACUUGAUGAAACUUGCUGUGAGCGGCACCACAUAA